AUGAAGAUUCUGUCCGUCAUACUUGUCAGUUUGGUUGGCUUUGGAUCUCACUGGAGCAGCGGAGUGACGGGAGCCAUGAAAAGCACCCUGAAAAAGGAGCUACACAUCAACAACGCCCAAUAUGCCACCUUGGAUGCGAGUGAAAACUUCAUCAAGACAGCUCUGAUCCUUGUCAGCGGUGUUGUCACAGACCGAAUUGGCGGUGCAAGAGCCAUGCUUUGGGGCAACGCCGUCUACAGCGUCGGAGCCAUUCUCAUUGCGGCGGCCACCCAAGUCCGCAACUUCAAGUUCAUGAUCUUUGGCAGCGUCGUCCAGGCACUUGGCGAUGUCGCUACCCAGUGCGCGCAGUACAAGGUCUUCUCAUCGUGGUUCGCUCCCUCAAACGGAUUCGCCUCGACCCUUGGCUUUGAGUUGGGGCUUGGUAAAAUCGGCAGCUUCGUUGGCCAGGCAUCUGCCAACGUCAUCGCCAAGAACACUGGCAAUUUCAGUUGGGUGUACUGGUGUGCCGUCUUCAUUAACCUCUUCACGAACGUGGUAACUGUCGGCUUCUACAUCUUCACAAAUUACUGCGAGAGACGAUACGCCGGCACCAACGAUCCGGCAACCGGUGAAAGACUGACGGAGAAGAACAAGAAGUUUGAAAUCACCAAGAUGCUACGACUUCCCUGGCCGUUCUGGCUCGUGGCCCUGUUUUCUCUCUUCCAGACGUCCGUUGCCAGCGUCUUCUCCUCCAAUGCGACCGAGUUUGCUCAGAAACGUUUCAAUAUUUCUGCCGUCACCGCAGGCUGGUAUUCAGCAAUGUCCCAGUACCUCGGAUUCUUCUUGGUGCCUCUCCUGGGCAUUUUCAUCGAUAUCCUAGGCCAGCGGAACACCAUUAUUCUGGUUUGUGGUCUUGGUAUGCUGCUUUCCAUGUGCCUUGCCGCCUUUGGUCCUACCAUUGGAGGUACUGCAGCCAGUUUCGGCAUAUAUGCGUUUGCGGCUUCACUCGGUCCCACGGUCAUCAUUGACAGCAUCCGCACCAGUAUGUGGUACCAGGAAGUUUUCGGUUCUGGGUAUGCUAUCAAGAUUGCCAUCAACAACAGCAUGACAAUCAUCAUCGGCAUCGUGGCUGGUGUCAUCCAAGACCACGACGACGACAGCUACAACCGGGUCAUUAUCCUCUACGUCGUCCUUGCAGCGGGCUCUGUCGUCGUAGGCGCGAUCAUGGUUGGCCUCAGCUUCUUCAACCCUACAAUGGGCAGGCUACAGUGGACACGAAAGCAGAGGAUCAUCAGGGGCGAAAAGAUCAAUGCCCUGAAAGAAGAUUUUGAACAAGGAAGCAACCGUGAGUUCCAGAAGAAGUUGAGCAUGUCUUGCUUCGCUGCUACGAUAGUCCUAUUGUUGGGAGCUUGGGCAACCUACUUUUGGGGAGUGGCCACAGGCCAUAACAACUAG